AUGAGCGAUAAGUUCUGCCAUUUUCGGUGCGUCAAGAAGGAGGAGUGCGGCCUUCUUGGAACCGUGGAGAACGCUACCAUUCCGGAUGACAGGUUGAUGCUUUGUCGCCACUGUGCCGUCGAAGGCUGUGCCCGCUGUGUUCCCGGAAGCCCAGGACAGAGCGGCGAAAAGCUGGAACAUUGCCAGCAGUGCAUGCCUGGCUAUGGGCUGACUGCAGAGGGUGAGUGCGAGAUGCACGGCUUAGAAAUCUUCAUCGGUGCUGCUGUGGUGCUGGUGAUCGUGACCAUUCUUGUUGUGGUCUGGUACUGCCUGAUCGCAUCGAAGCCGUGCGUCAAUCCGGAGGGGGUCCAGCAUGGUCUGGAGUGCAGGGAGCGGAUGCGGCUCACGCAGCCGAGGUCCACGGAGCCGUAUCCGCUCUCGACCAACUUGCUUCGUGAAAAUGUAGCUGGUCCUGGCACCAUGGCUUUGUUCCGCUACCAGUUCGCCCUGCUGGUUUGGGCGAGUGGCUUGUUAACGGCUUGGCUGGGCUUCGUGCUCUUCGUCAGCUCGGAUUUGCUCAUACUUGGCAGCAGAGAAGCAGAAAGCCCGCAGAUGCUGUGUGCGGUCAUUGCGUGGGGCCACGCGCGCCAGAUGGAUCUGGUUUGGACAAAGGUGUCCUGGCUGGUGUUUGCCUACCUUUUUUCCUUUGGCGGAGCCGUGUUCUAUGGCAUUCAGCAGACCAAGCUGUUCAAGAGUGUCCACACCGAGCAUGCCACCAUGCAAAGCUUUGCUGCCAAGCUGGAAGGUUUUGCGCCCAUGACCGGUCAAGAGCAGGCCGAGGAAAAGCUCAAGGAGGCGAUCACAGCUGCCAUUGGGAGCGAGCCCGUGGGUGUCUCCGUGGCCUGGGACUUUGCCUCCAAGAGGCACUUGGUAGAGGCUGUCCUCGACCAGGAGUUUGGCGAAGGACACACCGGUCAGCACCAGAGCUCUCCGGAGACCGAGCCGAUCGCAUCUGGUGCCCUCAACAAGGCCGAGGAGUGGGCCACAGACAUCGUGCUUCACGCCUGGCAUGUACAUCUCGAAGAGCAUGCUGUCAAUGCAUCGGAGAUCAAGACCAUGUUGGACGAGAUGUCUUCGACAUCUACAGCAUACGUGAUUUUCUCUUCACAGGAGACACGGUUGCAGGCCGUCCAGACUGCGAGUGACGGCGGCAUCAGGGUGGGAGGACGGCCGUGUUCCUUGACGGAGUGCCAGUAUGCGCCAGAAGGCCUCUUCUGGCAGAACAUGGCUGUCACGCCGGAGCAGAGAAGCGGCAAAAUUGGAAUGGCGAUACUGGCCCUGGUGGCAUCCUGCGCAAUCUGGACUUUCCUGCUGUACAUUCCCUAUGCGUACUACAUGGCUUCCUUCUCUUAUGCGAACGGAGAUGAGCCCGGAGAGUUUUCUGAAGGUCUUUUCAUCUGCCUCGUCGUCGGCUCGCAGCUGGGGCUCUUCGUGGUCAGCUCCAUGGGCGCCAAGCAUGCAUGUUUCCACAGCGAAGACGAGACGCAGAAGGCCUACACUAUGUUUUACAACGCCGCGUUGAUAUUGAAUCUUGUCAUGGACAUCGCUCUGCAGACCUACCUUAGCUACCUUCAGAUGGUGGGAGUUGGCGCUCACACUUCAGAUGGGCGUUUACUUGGCAGCCUAGACAGUUUGCAGCAGAUCUUCGAGUCAUAUCCCAUCCAGAAGUCGGUGGGUAAGCUUCUCUUCGUGUACUGCUGGCCCUGCACGUUCUUCGUACCUUUCUUGGCAGAGCCUCUGGCUGUUCAAUGGUUGCCAAAGCAUUUGGCCCAGUACAUCGUUGGAGCGAACAAGAAGAUUCAAGGAGAGAACGCGGAGAAGGCGCUGGAGCUGGGGGAGAUGGAGCAGGGCCGAUAUGCCGAUUGCAUCUUCAACGUGAUCCUCCUUAGCUGCAUUCCCUUUAUUUCGCCGGCUUACCUCGCCAUGACACUUUCUGCGUUGAUCUUCUCGCAUGGCUACCUUUAUAUUUACGACCAGAUCAAGGUGCUGCGGCUUGUCCGCAAGUUCAACUUCAGCGACCCUGAGGUGCAUUGGCUGGGCAUGCAGCUGUUUGCCAUCCCAUGCAGCAUCUUCGCCGGUGCGUUGGUUUUCAAGGCUAACCAGAUGUCCAGCAAGUCUGGGGUGCUGGGGUCUGGCUACUUCCAGGGUGGUUCCCUGCUCGCUGCAGUCGUCGGAGCCGCGGCGCUUCACUUCGUGCUGCACUUGGCAGUACUGGAGCUGGUAGUCAAGCCCAUGGGCCAGGAGCACCACUUGAAGUCCAAUGCGCUCUAUGCAGCGGCGGCUCGGGAUUGUCCUGCCACAUACCUGUCCACAAAUCCCAUCUUCUGUCUCCGGUCAAAGUACGUAUUGGGCCACAACCCACCGCAGAUGAUGUACUUCCCCGGGAAGGAGCACCUAAUGCAGCCAAAUGAGUCGAUUCCCGCCUACUACCAGGGCCCAUCCAGCAAGUCUUGA